AUGAAGCUUAGCGACUCAACUCUUGUUCGCCAGGUGAUCCUCUACCUCUGGAGAGUAUCCCACGGUCCUCAUAUCGCGCCCCUCACGAGUGUCGCCAAAUUCCAGGAAUUCAACCAAGCCAGGAACCUUCAGGACGACAUCCAACGCGUUUUCGGUGAGUCCUUGGCGGAACGCGUGCGGAAUAUUGCUUCUGGGAAGAGAGGGACUUUAUUGACGUUGGCAAAAAAUGUAAUCAGAAGGAUUUUGGAAUAUCUCAGCCCGAGAGAUGUGGUUAACUUAACCUUACUCUCUAAAGAGGCCUAUAAGGUUUUCAACGACAACUUGGUCUGGGAAUUUAUGUGCGAGAAGGAAAUGCGAAUUAAGGUGUUACUUGGAGAGAGAAAAAUGACGAAGGACUGGAAAAAGAUUUUCCAGGACUUUUGGGCGCAUCGAUUGGGACAGGAUAAAAAGGUGAUCGAAGCGAGGAAAGAGCACCAAGGAGGAAAACCUGGACAAUCGGUACCCGUGAAAGUAAUCCUAAAAAAAUUUUCGGAUUCAGGGACUGCCAGGAAAUCGGAUAAUCCGUCGAAUGCGAAAAUAUCCCUGAUGGCUGGAAAUUCGGGAAAAAAUUGUCGUUCGGAUUUAUCUUGCGAAGUGAGAAAAUUUGAUACCCUGGGGAAAAAGCCGAGACCGAAGUCAAGCACGGAGUGUAGAAAAGAAGGGGUCAAAGGAAUUGCAUCGAAGGAUCUUAAGGACUUGAGAAUGACUGGACUUUUCGAAACUAUGCAGUCGUUGCAGUCAUUGCAGAGGAUGCAUCUCAAUGACGGUAAAUCGCAGCAACCAGUUAGGAAGGAAAAACCAGACGAGAGCGGUCGAAAGACCGCACCGGAAGUCUCCAAAAGUAUCAGAAAAAUAACUUUGAGUCGACCUCGUACCGCCCAAAAGAAAACCACUGAACCGACGUCGAUUAAAGGAAAGAAAGACAAAAAUAUAUUAAAACAGUCGUGUGGGAUCCGCCAAUGCCGAAGCAUCGAAAAGUCCGAGCCGUAGAUUUACUCAAAUGACGGGCGCAAAUGCUGCAUAAUUGCUGUUAAAAUUAUUGUUUAAUGUUUUCGAGAACUUGAUACACUGAAU